GAGUUUGGAUGAGUCACCGAACCUCCUUUGAAUAUUUUUUUCUCUAUUUUACACAUAAAAGUGAGUCAAAGCGCCCUACCUUUUAAACACAGAGGACAGCUCCAUCCGCCCCCCCAUUCAAUUCACAGAAGCCCUUCAGGGCGAAAUUACGCACAGGCGUCGCGCGCUCAACACGCUACGCUCUCCAUCGAGACCGUAGGAGAAAGACACGCCACAACCACUCAUCCCGUCCUGUGAUUAUCUCUCCAUUCAGAUGAGCAGGCGGAAACAUGCCUGCAUUCCGCUGUCAGGGAAAGCGAAGAAAGUAAGGAGACCUACGGCUGAUUUGUUUUUAAUAAUCCCAUGUUCCACAUGAGGGAGAUUAAGAUCGGAGAAAGCAUUUGUGUAUUAGUGUUGCUUUUUUCUGGGCUUGUGACGUGCUCAGGUGUUUUUGGAAGCCCUUUAACUGAUGAUGUGGCCACGUUGGAAACAUUGAGUGAGAACAUUCCCAGUGACUACAGAAUCCCUAUUGACUUCAUCACCAAGGAUGUGGGUGGAGCUUGCUGGCUAUAUGUAAACCUGUAUAAAGUUGAAAGCAGUUUAAAAACAUUGGCCCUCAAGUUUGGCAACCUGUCCACCAAUAAAGCAAACAUCACAAUUUUUAUAACAAUGCUGCAGGGUUUCCGUUUUACUCUGGAGGGAGAGGAGCUGGAGGUGAUGAUGCAAACAUUCGAAUGUCACUACAAAAGGGUAAAGUGGCCAUCUAGACGUUACUUCAACCAUGUUAAAGAGGUUCUUGCAGUGGCCGGGUCCACUCUCGGCGAGUUUCGUCACUGCACACCUCCCCCCUGCCAGACCCCCGCACCCCCGCCUUUCACACCAGGCAAAAGCAGACAGCAGAACGGUGUGAACGGAGCGAUUCACGGGCUCCUGGCGGUGCUCAUCAUCCCCUGCAUGGCCCUUCUUGUUCUCUCUGUCAGCAUGGUAUUCAGAAGAGGAGGCUGUUGUUCACAAAGAAUGCAUGAAGUUGCUCUCAGUUUGCCUGAGGCCCAGGACGGAGCGGAAGAAAGCAGAACCGAGCCCCACGGCGGAGCUGCGCGAGGGGAUUCUGGUUCCAGCUACAGCAGUCAACAGGACAGGGCGUGGCUGGAUUCUUUAGGGUGUGCAGACACGGAGGUUUAAUCAAAAAUGCAUGAGGGAAACCAAUGGAAACAGCAGUAUUUUUGUGGUCGAAAUAACCGGAUAUAUGAAGAUGACAAUGAAGGGAAUAUUUUGGCGGUGACAGGAGGAGUGCAUCAGAUGUUUCAUCAAGCCAUUAACCAACCAAUGAGAAUCCGGGAUGCCAUCCUAAAAACAGCCAUGGAAAAACCUUUAUGAUUUCAUCCGACAGGAAGUGUAUGUCUUUGAUGGGCUGGUUGGCUGCAAUGCCCGCGGCAGCUCGUUGUUUAGAGGAACGCUACUGGUCCUGUAGGCCUCUGUGCAGAGGAUAAAUGGCUUUUUUGUGCCAGCGCCCCAUUGCAUGAGGACGGUGGUUAAUGUUUCACCAGAAAACGUCUCUGGAACAGAGCAUGGGCUUGUCUAGAAACACGUUUGAUUUAGAGCGUGGACAACAGUGCUACGAUUUUUGGCGUUUUACUACUCAUUUGUUCGCUGAUGGAGGGGAUCUUUAAGCCCCUGAUGCGUGUCUGUGAAUCCUCACAAGAUCCGGUUCUUCUGUAGCGGGAGGUAUCCGACAUCGCGCCCUCGUUUCAUCCACUUUGUCUCUCUCACACAAACACACUCCAGCUGGAAGAAUCCAACGUCUCUGUCCCUCUUGCGAGGGUCUGUAAGACAGGUCAUCGGUCCGAUUGCGUUGAAUUAACUAGCUUGGCCGUGUACACAUGCUCACACACUCUGGCGGCUCAACAAGAGCUGAUUGUUUUCGAGACAAUAUGGGGAAAUCCAGAGAGCAUGAGAAAAGAGCUCACAUGAUAAAGAUGUAACAUCAACAUGACUCAUGUCCCUUAAUUUAAUCCCACUUGCUAUAGAAUCUCUCGCUCGUUCUCUUCCGGUGUCUGUUUUUCUUCUCACUGUAGCUGAAUAAUAUUUAUGUCAUGAGAUUAAGGUCUACUAAGUAGAUUAGAAUCGAUUUUUUGUGUGUGAUUAGAACACCAUUUAGAAUAGAAUUCCAUUUCGUUUUUUAAAGGGGUAGUUCACCCAAAAUUGAAAAUCGUUUGCUCACCAUGAAAUCGUAUGACUAACUUUCUUCCAUAGAACACAAAGGCGUUUUGACGAAUGUUCUGUCUAAUGGAGAUGCUCAUUGUUAAUGUGAACUACACCUGUUCUAAGACACCUUUAAGAACUGACUUCAUAAAACACCAGUUAGUUAAAAGACAUUGUAAAAUUAAGUGAAAUUUGUGCAAAUUUGCUUUUUUGCACUUGUUUUUGUUGAUACCCCUUGGUUUGAUACUUUGCAUCUAAUGCAAUUGAACUCAUACAGUACAUAAUAUAUGUGACUUAAGAAUCCAAAUACAUUUUCUAAAGGGAUUUUGAAGUGCACUGAUGGGCAUUAAGUGAACUGCAGCCAACAACUUGUGCUUGCAUUCAUGCACAGGUAACGUACAAGAGACUGAACGUGAUUCAAAGCCCUGAUAUACUCAAAGUAAAGUUAUUUUUAAUUUUUUGUUUAGAAGGUGAAGGUUUCGGUACAAGAUGUUCACACAUUGGCAAUAAAAAAAGCGAUUAAUAUAUGAAAAUUCUUUCAUAUAGCCCCUUUAUAUUUCGGUUUAUUGUGCACAAAGCUGCCCUAGAAUAUUGUUGAAUGUGGACUACAUUUAGAAAUGUAUUUGUUGCUUUCUUUAUUUUUGGAGCUUGAAUGGCCAUUGUCUUAAUAUAAGUGCAGCAUGAACAUUCUUCAAAACAUCUAAUUUUGCGCUCCCCAAAACGUGAGGAUGCAUUAAUGACAGGGUUUUUUUUUUAGAUAAACUAUUUCUUUAAAAUAUGACCCAAAACAACCCCUUUAUGCUAUUUUCGAAUAGUUUUUGUUGAUAGUCCUGAAAAUCCCCCAUUGACUCAUUGUGCAUCACUCUGUCAUUCUUCCAGAGUGGAAUCAGGUACUGGCAGUGGAAAUCUCAAGCUCCUCUCCAUGUAACUUUCUCUGUUGUCUCCAUCAAUGCGUGCGCUGUCAACUGUUGUCGUAAAGCAUGACUGCCAACUCAUAACCGCACGAGGUCGAUAAUGUCAGCCUGGCUAUCAUCAACCGCAGAGUGACCGUAACAAAGGGUCCUCUCAUGCGGACAGAAACGCCGCUCUUUAUGGUCUAUAGUGAGUGUCGUCCAUCAAACUUCAGUCAAAGCCCACUCUUGACUCGCCGACUCAGCUUCCGACACACACACAGACACAUUCACACACUGAACGGCCCCCAGUGUCAUUGACAUCCAGUCUUGACUCAUAAAGCAGGUCUGAAGUGUGUAAUGAUUUACUAAACAACCCCUUGAAUCAUCUGAAUGUCAUCUCCGUGGCACGAAAAGCAAAGAAUGAUUAAUGGUUUACGCGCAUUUUUAAAUAUAGUUUGUGUGUUUUUUGUUCUCUAUUGAUUAGUAAUAAGCAAAAGAAUGUAAAUAUAUAAAACGUGUAUAGUUUAAGUAGAAAACAGGUAGAUUUUUUUUAUUCUUUAUUUAAAAAGAGUAACAAUUGUGUAUUUUAUAUUCAUUAAUAUUUUCGCUAUAUAACAGUGUUGUAAAAUUAAAUAAUAAUAUUCUUGCAAGUUAUAUUGUGUGGAUUGUCUCAUAUUAUAUCGAUUAUGAUUUCAGGUCAGUAUUUUUAUAUAAUUACACUUAUGCAAUACAUGUAAACUUGUCAUGGGGCAUUCAUUCAAAUAAAAUGGAAGCUUAAGAUAACAUCUUUAAAAAAAUGAGUAAAAUGUCUGUCAUCGAACCCAAAACAGACUUCUACA